GGAUCCCAGAAGAGGCAGGAGACAAGGAAGACAACAGGACAGAGCUUCCCAAGGAGGACGAUGACUCGAUGUGUCUCGAGGCAGUGCGAAGCAUCGUUCUCUCCAUUCUUGGUGCAGCCGGCCUCCGUGUUCCGGAGCAGAUUCCUGGUGCCCAUCCCGCUGCUCAUCCUGAGGACUGUCCCCCGUCGGCUCCCACAGUGACCGUGGCCUGGGAGCUUUGGAAGCCUUUCCUGGGACUGCGGACUCCUGGGUCAGAGAGGAGGUCAUGUCCGCCUGCCUCUUCUCCUCAUCCGUGGCCUUCUGCAAAGACAGGGACCGGUCGCCAGCCCGGACGCAUCACAGCCCCGCCCGGCCGACCCCACUGUCCUCUUGCCCAGUUCCCCUGCUGCUCCCACAUCAGACACAGACCUGUGUGUGCACAGCCCUGCACCCGGGACCGGGACCCACACCUGCAGGGCUCUCGGGAUCAACCCUGGCCAGGAGCUCGCAUCCCCCACACCCCGUCCCACCCAGCCAGCCUUGACCUUGAAUGGGACCUGCUCACCGGGCAUCUGACCCCUCAUCCACCUGCUCCUGCUCAGGAAGGCCCCACCCCACGGCUUUUGGAGAUGCAAGUCCAUAUGGUUGAGCCACCCUGGGAGGCCCCAGUCCAGAGAAUCCUACCGAGGGUCCAGGAUGACCGGGAGAUGCCCACCCAACUCACCGAACUACCUCUGUCCUUCACCCCUCUUCCGAAAGUCCCUUCCUCCGAGAAGGCCUCCCUGACCGUCCUGCCCCGCCUGGCACGAGUCAGACCUGCUGCUGUUUCGCACUGGUCUGCAGACACGUUUCUCCGAGUCGCGCUGGUGUGUGCGCCCGGCAGCCCUGCCGCGAGCCUGUCUCAGUGGCCUCGCCAGAUCCCCGAAGCUGCAUUUGCCUAUAGGCCUCUCCAGCCGCCAGCACGUGCCUGACGAGUCCCAGGUGCUUCGAAAUGGCGUGUGGGUAAGUGAACUUUCUGAGAAAGCGCGGGCCGUCAGGGACCCCGGGAUGGUAGCGGACGCACUGCGGAGAAGGAACACGGCAGGGAUGACGCUGGACCAGCCCUGGUCUAUUUCCCAGCAGGUAAGGGACAGCCUCAUUCCGCCGGGGAAUCGGGAGGCCAUGAGCAGAGUAGGCCUGGCUGGGCCUCUCCCGACCCGGUCAGCACCUGACCUCCUACCCCAUCCCUCCGUGAUCCUAAAGGAUCCCUCCUGGGCUACAGCCACGGCCCCAGCCGUCACCCCAUCAGUGACCCAAGGUCAUCAAACAUGUCUCAGCACGUCUUGGCCAGCGCUCCUGGCGUCUGGGGGGCCCGCAGGCAGAGCCCUAAGGGAAGCAGCGAGGGGAUGGCCGGCUCUCAGGGCAGGAUGGUGUGCACAGGCGUCUGCGGGAGGGAGAGGAGGCCUGAGUGGGCACGGGUCUGCGGGAGCCCGUUGGCCCACAGUGUUCUUUGGCCCUCCCAGUGUCCCCCUGUGCUGGCCUGGGCACUACAGGCGGCCAGGCCAGGCAUCGCGGGUCCUCCAGCGCUCGACCAGACGGCAGGCCCGGUGCCACCUGUUCAGGCCUGUGGGCAGGGCAGAAUUAACGUGUGUGACCGGCACCCCUGUGACCUACGGGGGCAAGUGGGAACCCUUUGUUGGCUCUGCAUUUCUGGGAUUUUCCAGUCGGGACCAAGGCCAGUCCCACAGCUUAAGCGGAACACACCAAACACCCACGGUCUGUGGAACGUCCCCACACACCUGGUGGCAUCUCCCAAAAGCAGUCCUUGAAUUUGAGGGGCAGGAAGGGGUUUGGGGCCACAGAGACAGUCUGUUAGAUUUCCAGAUGACGGUGGGUCUGGCUCACCACCCCUCACCAGCUCCCUUUCCCCCAUGGACAGGGGAAAUGCCCUGGGCUGUUUGUGGCCAGGGCUCCGGGAAGAGUGUGCCGGGCCCCCGCCUUGGUCCGCUCACCGGCUGAAGGCCAGGACCACCUUCAGCUGGCCUGUGGUGUGUACCUUUACCACGGACGCCCCCAGCUUCCUCCUGUCUCUGCCCGGCAAGAAUCCGUGGCCCUCAGAGGCGACAGCCAGAAUGUACCAGAACCCUGAAAACUGUGGAGAGCGUGCUGGGGAAGCUGCCCGUGCCAGGCUCCCAGCCAGGCCCCCAGGAACCCAGCAGACCCUGACACUGGCCCGAGGCCCAGCCCGGGUCCCACACCCCCAGGCAGGCACAGCCUGUGUGCCAGACCCCGGCUGCCCACCCUGGGCCCUGGUGGGCAGGUGCCAGGCUGGCCGGAGCCCCAAGGGCUGGGCCAUGGGUGCCGUAUGCUGAAACUACCUCCUGUGCAAGGCCUCCCCUUCCUUCCAGCUUGGCCCUCAGUCCCAUCCGCCGGACUUCCUGCCACAAACCCACGUUCCCGGGCAGCCGGUGUCCCUGUCCACCCCCACUAGAACCUUCCACCCACCCACCAUCUUUUUAUUCUGGAACAUGCUCUGCUCAUUCUGCCUCUGGCCCCUGGCAUCUCCGGUGCCCUGAGGCUGCCCCUGCCUGGGGCCCUUCCCUCCCCCCUCCUGCGGGGUUGUGAGCUCCUACAGAGAGGCCGGGGCCUGGAACUCCCACCUGCCUCGGGCCACUGCUGAGUUUCAGGGAGUGAUCAUCCCGUCACACGCUGCAUCCCUGGCCCCGUCGGCCCGGCGGUCUGGCUUGGGCACGGCAGGCGCGUGUGGCUCACCCUGUUCCAGUUGAGGUUCUGGGACUCCCUGGGUAGCUGUUCCUGCGGCCGGGACCCCAGA